AUGUCAAAGAAAGUGAGAUCUUUCGGUGGUGACAGUGGAGACGAAUUUGAUGAUGGUGUUUACGACAUUGUGAGGAAAAUGUGUGUUGGAGAAGAUAGUGAUCGUGUUAGCUCUCUUGAAAUCGAGUAUGGUAAGGGAAACCAAUUGAUAACUCUCUCUCACGGCAACAAAUUACAGCAACACGAUGAAGGUGGUUUCAUAUCGUCUUUAACCUUCAUAACAUCAGUGGAGAGAGACCGUGAGGAAUUUGGAAAAGCGGUUGGUACUAGAUUUGUCCUAGAAGCAAAAGGGUUUGAUAAGCUUGUCGGAUUCCAAGGAAGGUCUUUCCCUGACCGUCUCAAUGCUCUCGGAGCACAUUUCGCGGUGAUGAUAACUCCUCCGGUCAAAAAACUAGAAGCAAGAGGUGGGAACUUCGGGGACGAGUGGGAUGAUGGUAUCCACGACAACGUUUGUAAGAUAAAAGUAAAACAAGACCAUGAGUCUGUGGAGAUGGUCAAGUUUAAGUACGUCAAUGGAACGGAGAUUGUAUCAGGAGAACCUCACGGUGAUACUUCCGAGUUUCCGUUCGUAGAAGAAAAUAUCUUGCUCUCUCAAGAUGAAUACAUCACAUCUGUUCAUGGACACUAUGGCACUGGGUACAUUGGUAUAACGAUGCUUAAGUUCAAGACAAACAAGGCUACAUAUCAAGUGUUAAAAGCCUAUACAGACGGUUAUGAGAAUGUGGGCACAUCGUUUGUGUUGGGAGAAGCUAGUCACAAGAUUGUUGGGUUCCAUGGCAAGUCAUCUAGAUUUUCUAUUGGACAAAUUGGUGUUUAUGUUUCGCCAAUCAAUAAUGCUUAA